AACGCCAUGACUCGCUAAGCAACGUUCUGAAAUGGAAGAGAGGAAAAAGAAGAACGACACGGAGGCCACGCCCUCGCGCGCUGGCACGCGAGGCCCACGCGCAAAGGAGAAUCUCUCUCCCGCUUUCGAACACGCAGCUCAUCGUGGCGGACGCGCUUGGAACGAUCGCAGAAAGGAACGGCAUCGUCCUACUACCUGUCAUGGGGAUCGGUGCACCUGGCGGCAUGGAAAUCCACCGUAUCCUCCAAGGCUCCCUGUCAACCAUCUCGGAAGAGACGCCAUCCCGCAAGACGCCUUCCUCGUUUGCACUCGCCGCACUUCCAGAUGCGGCCAAGGAUGACGUGUCUUACGUGUUCGGCAACUUGGCCAUCCAGGACGUCCUCCCAGACAAUCGGGACCUUGUGCUCAAGCCGUGGUCCAAGGUCGACGAACGCAAUUGCGGCAGCCUCACAGGACAUUACAGCAGGCUGUUCCCGAGGACCGAGUGGUACCCGCUCGUUGAUAUGGGCGUCAAGGACACCGUGGCUCAGUGUGACACCAUGCAACUACCAUGGACCGUGCAAAGAGCCUGGCACCAGAUGGUGGUAGCCUCGAGGGUCACCGUUCGCCUUCUAAUAUACAGUGCGCAACAUCCGAGUAUGCUUGGAGCGGAGGCGGCCGCGACCAUGAGUGGCCGGUUCGUCGAAUGCGACCACGUUUGGAGGCUACACACCAUUUGGAGGCUACACACGAGGUUCGGCCCGAACGGAGCAGACGGCAGCACGAUAAUCCCGACAGCAGGGUCCAUCGCCCACGUGUGGCUGCCGUCUGCUCGGCUGCACCUCGUCGCAGCUGCAGCGACACAACAACCACAAGCUCUGCAGGCGGCCUUAGAGCCUCCUCAGCUGCGCUUAUCCAAGCUGAGUCGCUGA